AUGGGUAUUAAUGGGCGGAAGGCGUGGUGGAGUGAGUUGGGUCAUACAGACGAAGUGGUAGAAGCAAACAGAUGGAGACCGUUCCCUGCUACGGUUCGAGAAGAUGAUGUUAACUGGUUCGUUUUACAGUAUGACGAGAAGGUUAAAGAUGGUACUUCACUUGUUGGGCCGUUUGGUUUGGAUUCAACCAAAUAUCCUAAUUAUACGUUAAAAGGUGAUACGCCUGUUCCCUUAAGGGAAUUCCAGGAUCAUGUUUUCAAAAGCAGCCGACAGUACAAACAGAUAGCAGAAAAGUGGGAACUUAGUAAAGAACAUCCUGGUUUUGCUGUAUCUCCAAAUUUGAGCUCCUUGGAACCGACGCGGAAGGACUGGUUGGGUCGGAAAGGGUUUCUUUUCAAUUCGUGGUUUCAUCUUGGUCCUAGAUUCUUCGAAAAACCGUUGAAUGAAGGGACAUUCGAAAAGGGACUUGCAUCUGCUAAAUAUGCGGCAAUAGCUAUGCUUCCGUACACAUUGUUUGAAAUCAAAGCGUUUGGAAGUGUAACUGUAGAUGACUUUGCUCCAAAGACCUUCUUAAAACGUUACUUCCAAUUGGCUCCCGUACCAGUGUCUAUAUGCUUUACUUGGGGAAUAGCUCUCAGUUUAGCCGCUAACAUUCGUCAUAAAGACGACCUUACAAACCACUUAUAUGCAUCUGUUGCUGCAGGCACGUUACUUGGUUUCAUGCGGACACUUUGUACCAUAUUUGUGAUGAAUAAUACUGACAUUUAUUGGGCUGCUGAUAAGUUGCCACUGGCGAAAAGAAAUAUUGCACGUGGUGUAGUGCUGACAAUGAUGUCCCUUGUGUUUGGAACACUUCUACAUUACAACAGAGUUCACGAAUUUGGUUUGCAAGGACCUUUGAUUAAUCAAAAUAUCAGUGGCGAAUGGGGAGGUCCAUUAUCUUGGAAGUUUAUGCAACAAGGCGACGUUAAAGUGCCUACUGUUAAAUACUGA